AUGGCACCCGGUGAGUUCCUUGCAGAAGACACGAGACAAACGUCCUCCGGCAAGAUCUCUCGAGCUAACAAUGCUGCAGCAUCCCAAUUCGAACUGGCGCAAAAGCCUGGCGACGCCAUCUCUGCGCUCUCGUAUGCGCCCCAGUCUCCUACCAAGCUUCUGGUCUCUUGCUGGGACAAGAAGAUAUAUCUUUACGAUACUCACAGCGGAGACGAAGACGCGCCCGGGACCCUUCUGAAGACGAUCGAAUUCCGGGCGCCCGUCCUUGACGUGUGUUUUGGCGCGACAGAUGACGAGGCCUACACGGCUUGCCUGGACCACUGCGUCUACCGUGUCGAUUUGGAGUCAGGAGAGAAGUCAGUAGUUGCUCAACACACCGCCCCCGCGCGAUGCGUGGUCUACAGCUCAAAUCACUCCCUGCUCAUCUCCGCAUCAUGGGAUCAAACCCUCCAGAUUCAUAACACAAAGUCCCCUUCCGACUCGAACAUCACCGUCCAUCUGCCCGGCAAGCCCCAUGCCCUAGCCGUCAGCCCCUCGAAGGUGGUGGUCGCCAUGACCGCUCGCCUUGUCAAUAUUUACGACAUCAGCGCCGUCCCUGCUCUCUUCGGCCAGCCGGGACCUCACGAGAUCAAGCCUUGGCAGCAGCGCGAGUCAUCUCUCAAGUUCCUUACCCGAGCUGUCUCAUGCAUGCCGAACGAUGCCGGCUACGCGACCAGCAGUAUCGAAGGUCGCGUUGCGGUGGAGUGGUUUGAGGACUCGGCCGAGUCGCAAGCGCGCAAGUACGCCUUCAAGUGCCAUCGCCAGGCUGCUCCCGCUGAGGGAGAAGGAGACAUCGUCUACCCCGUCAACGCCAUGACCUUCCACCCCGUCUACGGCACCUUUGCCUCUGGAGGUGGCGACGGAACCGUUGCGCUGUGGGACGCUGAAGCCAAGCGCAGGAUGAAGCAAUACCAAAAGUUUCCCGAUAGCGUCGCUGCUUUAGCCUUCUCUAGGGACGGCAAGUAUCUUGCCAUUGGUGUUUGCCCUGGCUUCGAGACGGGCAUGGAGGACUACAGCGCUGAGGGCAAGGCCAGCGUUUUGAUCCGCGAACUCGGCGAGGCGGAAGCUAAGCCCAAAGGCGCGAAAUGA